AUGGUCUUGGACUCAACCUUCUCAACCGAGAGGCGGGCCUGCCGCUUUUCCCGGAUCCUGAUAGACGGCGGUAGCAGCAUCAACAUCCUCUACCGCGACGCCAUGGAGAAACUGUGCAUCAAAGAGAAACAGCUCCAGCCCAGUCGGACAGUCUUCCACGGCAUUUUACCCGGCCUUUCCUGCUCUCCAAUCCGCAAGAUCAAGAUAGACGUCCUGUUCGGUGACAAGGAUCACUUCCGCCGCGAGCUGAUCUGGUUCGAGGUGGUCGACCUAGAGAGCUCCUACCACACGCUCUUGGGCCGACCAGCACUCGCCAAGUUCACGGCGGUACCUCACUACGCCUACCUCAAGAUGAAGAUACUGGGUCCCAAGGGCAUCAUCGUCAUCUCUGGCGACUACCAAAAGUCGGUCGCCUGUGCUGCCGCCAGCAGUCGGCUGGCCGAGUCCCUCGUUAUCGCCGAAGAAAAACGUCUCCUUGACCGGGUGGUGGCCAUGGCCUGCAAGCAGCCGGACAUGUCGCCCAACCCCCAGGAGCGUCUGUAG